AUGUCUUCAACAGUCGUAAUAAACUCUAAUCCAGAACAGGAUGUUUCUAAUUAUGGACAACAAGGUGUCGCUUAUCAUAAACAACAAAAUCCUGCUUAUGAAGAGCAAGAAGUGGCUGCUGAUGGAGAACAGCAAGAUUAUGGUCAUCGCGAAGAGCAAAAUGUAGGUAAUCAUGAAUCACAAGAUACUGUCGUUCAUGUAGAAAAACAUGCUGGUGAUCAUGAACAUCAGAAUACUGUUGAUCAUAAACAAAAAGGUGCUACCCAUCGAAAACAGCAGAUUAUUGUUCAUCAUGGUGAACUAAAUGAAGUCAAAAUCGACGAUGUAAACAAAGUCUUAGAAAUGAUUAACCAAUAUAAUGAAUGUAAGGCUAAACUAACAUUAUUGGAUAGACAAAUAACAGGUACUGGUGACAAGAAACACAUGCAAGCUAUCGAUGAAAGAGAAAACAUUUAUUCACAUAUGGUUUCAAUCAAAAGGAGCUACGACGAAGCGUUAAUAUUGGUGACAACAAAACAAAAUGAUGAUUAUAAUCUGGAAUCACUCUUUAGUACUAGCAAUACUUAA